AAGAUAUCAAUUUCACUUGUGACAGACAUUAGAAAACCCAAAUCGGGAACCAUUCAAAAUGGACCUAGUCAACGUUCUUCGCGUUUUGCUAGUCUGUGCAGCACUGGUUUUUGUGUGUGAAGCACAGCUCACUUUCACACCGGGUUGGGGCUUCGGAAAACGUUCCUCUUCAACGGGUUCGGUUGGUGCGGCGGGGCCAGGAGGCCUAUCGGUGUUCGACCCAACGUCGUCGUUCGCGUACGGGGACUGCAAAACCGGUGCUUCUGCCCUUGCUGCCAUCAAUCGGAUGAUUCAGAGCGAAGCGCAGAAAUUUCUGGAAUGCAGCCAAAAGUGAGCAACGGCAGCAAGGAAGCUGCUGAUGGCGCCACCGCCUCCGAGAGUGCUCCAGGUCAAUCAUCGAGAAGGAAAUUCCGGUCGGGGAAAAUGUUUUUAGUGUUUCUAUAUUUGAUCAGUCUUAAAAGCACUGGUAUGAACGUGGAUCGAUCCAUUCAGCGGGAGCUAGAUAAAGCCGGUACGGGGCGUCCUACAAGUUAAGUUGAACAAUGGCAUAAGUGAUAAACAGUGUGGUGUUGUUGGUGAUUUUAAUGGCAUCCGAAAUAUCCUGAUUCAACUGUGUUUUACCAUGAAUAUAGAUAAAUUUGUAUGGGAGCUGUUUUUGAAAGCUGGAAUU